AUGACGACCAAGACAAGUUCAACAUGUAAAAUAUUUUCCUUUCAAGAUUACAAAUCAUCGCCUGAUCCGAUAUUCGAAGUGCAUUCGGAAUGUUUGCGACCAUGUCCUGUUCCGAUAGUCAUAGAUAAUGGUUCGUUCCAGACCCGUGCCGGGUGGGCAUGCAACGUGGAGGACUUGUCCACUCCUCGAUUGCUGUUCAAAUCCGUGGCGGCACGGAGUCGAGGAGCAGCACGGAGUGAGACUCAAAUCGGCAAUGACAUCCCUAAUCUGGAACCCCUGCGCUGGCUUCUCAAGAGCCAGUUCGACCGUAACGUUGUUGUUAAUUUCGAAAUACAAGAGCUGAUGUUUGAUUACAUAUUCAUGCACCUUGGUAUUGGCACAGAGGGAAGUGUCGAACACCCUCUGGUCCUCACGGAGGCGCCCUGUAACCCACUCCACUGCCGUCAGAUGAUGUCGGAGCUUGUGUUUGAAUGUUAUGGUGCACCGCAGGUAGCUUACGGAGUGGACAGUCUGUUUAGCUUCUUCUACAAUAAUACUCAGCGAUGUUUGGAGCCUCCCCACACCGGCUUGAUCGUCUCUUCUGGAUACCACUGUUCUCACGUCCUACCUUUUAUCAACGGCCGACUGGAUGCAGUAAACUGCAAGCGUGUGAAUGUGGGGGGAAGUCAGUCAGCAGUGUACCUGCAGAGACUGCUUCAGCUCAAGUACCCAGCCCACCAGGCAGCCAUCACACUCAGCCGCAUGGAAGAGUUACUGCACGAGCACAGCUAUAUUGCACCUGACUACCUACAAGAACUUGAAAAGUGGCGGAGCGCGGAGUUUUACGAGGAGGAGGUGCACCGCAUGCAGUUGCCAUUUUCUGGGAAGGCUGCAGGCGCAGUCGUGAGUGUGGAAGAACGGCAAGAGAGAAGAGCACAGCAGCUGCGCAGGCUGCAGGAGAUCAACAACCGUCGGCGUGAAGAGAGACUGCAGCAGGACCAGGAACGACUAGACACGUUGCUUGCUGUGCAGAGGUUGCUGGAGAUGGGUUUAGUGGAGCAGUUCCACAGGCGCCUGAUGGAGCUUAACAUGGAUUCCGCCGAAGAGCUCCAAUCUUACAUCCACAAACUAAGCAUCAGCGUGGAGCACAGCAGACAAACCAGGACAGAGAUUGCAGAGUUGGAGCAGCCUGUGGAUGAAGGGGACAGUGUUAAUGAGAUGGAUCCUGAUUUUAGUGAAGAGAGCACGGAGUCAGAGAAACCUGUCAGCACUGCCCAGCCGGUUUUUAACAUGGCAGAGUAUCACCAGCUGUUUGUAGGCACUGAGAGACUACGUGCCCCAGAGGUCCUGUUCCAGCCUUCUCUGAUUGGUGAAGAGCAGAUGGGCCUGAUGGAGACUGUGCAGUUUGUGCUUCAGCAGUACACUCCAGAACAGCAGGGGGAGCUAGUAAACAAUGUGUUUCUGACUGGAGGAAACUUGCAGUACAAUGGUGUAAAAGACAGAGUGGAGAGAGAGCUUCUUGCAAUAAGACCCUUUCAGUCACACUUCAAGGUAUCGUUGGCAUCACGACCAGCCUUGGAUGCCUGGUUUGGGGCUUGUGAGUGGGCUUUGAGGAACCCUCCUGGGGCUCAGGGCUGGAUCAGUCGUCAGGACUACGAAGAGAAAGGGGGAGAAUAUCUCAGUGAACACUGUGCUUCCAACCUCUUCAUCCCCAUGAGGAUCAGCAAACCAGCACCACGGGCCAGUGACCCCCCCCAGGCCGCGGAGCCCCCCACCCCUACACAGCAGCCACUGCAUGCCACCACCCCAGAAUCAGCCAUGGACACUGUACCUGCACCUGCCUCUGCCUCAGAAUCUGGAGUCCCCACAUCCACACAAUAG